AUGAUGGCGGUAACGGUACCUGUGCGGUGGCAACCACCAAACAUUAGGUUUACGAUAGAAUCUCAGGCGAAGAGAGGGAGAGUGGUAGUGAAAGCGUUUGGUAAUGGAAAUGGAAAGGGUAAGGGCAGGAGAGAUAUGGAUAGGGUUUGGAGGGAGGCGUGGCGAAGUGCCAACGAUGGCUUUGAGCGCUUCCUCUUCGAAGCCAGGAAGACUGCCGAGCGCAUCGACCGCCGCUAUUCCCUUUCGCGCCGUCUCUCCUCCGUCGCCAGGGCCGCGGCGGACCGAGCCCGCGAGAUUGAUCGUGAAUUUGAGAUUGGACAACGCUACCGCACUUUCUCCAUCGAUUUCCAAAGGAACUGGCCCAAGUACAGGAAGCAGCUCAACGAUUUUCUCGAUAGUCCCAUCGGAAAGAGCUUUGCUACGCUUUUCUUCAUCUGGUUCGCACUCUCUGGUUGGCUUUUUCGCAUUCUCAUAAUCGCGACAUGGGUACUUCCAUUUGCUGGACCUCUUCUCAUUGGAACACUCGCCAACUCCUUAGUUAUCAAGGGCACUUGUCCGGCCUGCAAGAUGCAAUUUACUGGCUACAAGAGCCAGAUAAUUCGAUGUACAGGCUGUGGCAACAUUGUGUGGCAACCUAAAGGUGGUAAAGGGGAUUUCUUUUCAAGAGGUGCAGGUGGUAGAUCCAACUCCACAUCGAAGUCAGAUCCUGACAUUAUUGAUGUCGAUUUUGAGGAGAAAUGA